ACACAUGACAGCAUGAGCUUCUGGGCUUUCACAUGAUUGUGGUGCUGGACGAAACAAGACGAAGAAUUUGGGACGAGCGCUCCUCGCGAGAACGUCGGCCGAGAACGCGCUCCUCUCGCUCGUCCCAAAUUCUUCAUGGUGAUCAUCCUUCGUUAUGGCUUUCAUUUGCCCCACAGGGUCUUUCGCCAGCCGCACACAGACGAUCUGCCUCACCAUGACAGAGCUGGCGCACAGCGUCCUCAAGGCAGCUCCCAGGCCAUGCGGAAUCUGCCAGACCGAGAGCUCCAAGUACGUCUGCCCCCGAUGCAACCUGCCCUACUGCAGCCUCGGGUGCUACAAAUCUACUAACCAUGUGGCCUGCACCGAGGAGUUCUACAAAUCGAACGUCCUGUCUGAGCUAGCGAGCCAAAAAAACACCGAGGACUCGGCGCAAAAGAUGAGGCAGAUCCUGAAGCGCUUCGAGCAGAGUCAGGAGGACGAUCCGCUCUGGAGCGAUGCCUCGUUUCUGGCCGGCAAAGUCGAUGACGGCGAUGAUAAUGAUGAUAAUGAUGAUGAUGAAGCAGAUGGUGAUGACUACGAUUCAGAAGACCUAUCGAGCCGGUUCCGCGAGAUCGACCUGGACAAUGCCAGCGUCGAGGUUAUCCUCGGCCAGCUGACAGACUCGGAGAAGCAAGAUUUCCAGCGGUUCAUGGAGGACUCUGCUGCUCUGAACCAUCACUCAGAGAAUACCAGCAAGCUGCUCGGCGGGUCCGCACCGUCAACUCGAGCUGCCCUCAUCGAGACGCCGUGGUGGAUAUUUGCCCCCGCCAAGGGGUCGCUGAUAACCGAGGUAUCGCCUCCAUCCAAACACGGAGAAGAGAGCAUCCUGGGCGAUGCAGCAGCCAGCAACAGCCCGCCGCCCAGCCUACAGCGACCCACCAUGAUGCAGUCGAUUGCUCGCUUUUCCGAGAUCACCAAGGUUGCUCCCAACGAGCGAGUGUACUACAACCUGGUUGACUAUCUCUUUGCAUACUGCCUGACCUGGCGACACAUGAACGGCGAUCUCGAACUACCAGAGUCGCUGUAUAUGUUGGUGGAUGUUUCGCCGGUGAUGUCGAUGAAGCAGAAAGGUGCUUACGAGAGCGUCAAAGAAGCUAUUGUGUACAUUCUCAGUCAGGCAUACGAGAAUCCGCGGCGGCCAUACCGCUCCAUCAUCAACUCUGCAUCGUCACUUUUGGCUGAUGUCGCCGCCGUCCUCGCCAGCAAGCAGUCUGUCUUACUGGCUCUCUCACAUAUCCACCACUUGAUCGAGGCCGAGGUUGGACACCAGCGACUCAAUCCUGAGCAGGGGCUUUCGAGUGCGGGCUUACCCAAGGCCGUGGUCACCCCUGCCGGUCGACUCGGACGACAGCGGCUGCUUCCGAUGCAGAAGAAGAUCUACUUCUACAUCUGCCUGAUCGGCGACGCGGCUGUCACGAACGAGGCCCAUCUCGAGAUUCUCAAGACCUCGGUCGAGAUUGAAGCCCGGCUCAUGGUCGAGCGAGAAGCGGAGACGAAGCCGGAGGGCCAGAUACAACUCUUUCACGGGCGAGAAAGCUUGCAGUGAUAGGAGCGAUACUCCGCACCGAUAUUCCACCAUGUCGUCACCACCGGUGCCAUUGCCAUGCGCCCCAAAUGUCAAGCCGGUCCUGGGCCGGAACUGUUUGGAAUACAGGAGGGGAUAUCUAUGAGCGAGGAUGCACAGUGGGCACACUUGAUGAGAAUCACGGCGGCAGCCGCAAAGUGGGGGUGACCGGUGCGGGCGUGUUGG